AUGUAUGACCUAAGAUCUUAUUUUCCCUUCAAGGAUGCACAGGACCUGAUGGAAAACCCAAACAGUGUUUGUUUUGUCCCAACACAGUUUGGUGAGACUUGGUACAGUAACUGCCAGAAGUGCACGUGUAAUGCUGACACACUGAGUGUCCAGUGUGAACCAGUGAAAUGUCCGCCCCAAGAAAUUGUUACCUGUAAGAAGUACGGGGAGGUGUUGGUCAACGAGACGGUGGACUGCUGUCAGAUAAAUACAUGUGUGCCCAAACCUGUUUGUGUCCACAACAAUACUGAAUACACGCUUGGUGAAAAUGUUCCCAACGGUACCUGUGAGGAGUGCAAGUGUGGUCCUAAAAAGGAUCCAGUCUCCAAGCUAUAUGUUGUUGAGUGUGCCCAAAUCAACUGUUACACCACCUGCCCAACGGGUUAUGAGUAUGAAGUCGUACCUGAGAAAUGUUGUGGAACGUGUGUACAGAAGGACUGUGUUGUCGGUCUCCCAGAUGCCACAUCUCACAUCAUUCAGCUUGGGAAGUUUUGGUCGCCCCCUAGUGACCGCUGUGUGAAGUAUGAAUGCACAAAGACAAACAACCAGCUCAUCGUUGUGGAAUCCAAAUUUAAAUGCCCAGUGUUCCGUCCAGAGGACUGUGUCCCUGGAACUGAGAAAACUGAUGCAAAUGGAUGUUGCACAACCUGCACUUUAAUCAGUCACUGUGAUGUGAAGAACACCACCACCUACCUAGAGGUGAAUAACUGCAGGUCCUCUGUGCCGGUGGAAAUCUCAGCCUGCGGGGGAUCCUGUGGAACAUCUUCUAUGUACUCUGCAGAGAAAAACACCCUGAUGCACUCCUGCUCCUGCUGUCAAGAGAUGUCGACCAGUGAGAGGAAGGUGGAGAUGGUCUGCCCUGAUGGGAAGAAGAUCAUGCAGUCCUACAUUUACAUUGAUAAGUGUGGCUGCCAUGACUCUGAGUGUGACAAGAACAACCACUUAGAUUAGGCCUUGAAGAAUGAAGUCUUUUGAAGUGUUCUUAUUUACCUGCAUGGAAUAUUAAAUAGUUGUAUCUAAAGGGAACCAAUAGGGUCUGUCUCAUUAUCAUAUAGGCUACUUUCAUGAACUGCAUGUCCUUUCUCUCUACACUAUCAUAGACAUUAUGCAAACCUAUUAAACUGAUGAAGAAGCAUG